UACGCUGAGUCAGAUAUAGUGUGGACUCCGGCAAAAGCUCGUGUACCUGGACCGCGUUCAACAAGUGAAGAGCGGACGACAAGGACGGUAAAGAUAAGAAAGCGAAUCACCGACAGUGCUCUAUCUGACAGUGGUGUGCAGCGGAAGAGAUCUUGCGCCAUACGGACCGAUCUGUUCCAAAGUGAGAUUAACUUAUCGCAAGAUGAGGUGUUCGAGGCUGACGACUUCUCUCCAAAUGUGUCACAUGCCAGCGAGCGUUCUACGUCGUCCUCGCGAUCUUUGUCACGAAGUUUCACGAGGACUCAAAGCACUGGGCAACUGGAGAGGGGAGAAUCCCAGCAGGGGUCACCUAAAUUCGGCCCAACAGUAGAAUAUUCUUUGCCUGGAGUGGAGCAUCCUCAGCGGGAAUCGCUUGCAUUUCGAAGCAUCUCGGGUGAGACAUUGGCUACGGAGAUCCGGCGACUUGGGCCAGAAGAGUUUGAACGUCGCUACUUGCUCAUUGAUUGCAGAUACCCAUAUGAAUAUGAGGGUGGGCAUGUCAAGUGUGCGAUCAAUCUUCAUGAUCAAAACGAACUAGAAAGCUUGUUUUUCCCUGAGGAUCCAAAUCACCCGAUUCGCUCGCGAAUUCCGAUAUUCUAUUGCGAAUUCAGUCAGAAGCGUGGUCCUGGAAUGGCCCUCGCUUUGCGCAGUAUCGACCGGAUGCGUAACGAACUGAAUUACCCAAAGGUCGACUACGCUGAAAUGUACCUCCUGGAUCACGGUUAUCGAAAAUUCUGGAACGAUGGCUGCUACAAGUCGGAAUGCGUUCCAUGUGGGUACGUCCCGAUGACAGACUCUGCACAUGUGUCUUCACUGGUCAAAUAUAAAUGGCAUUCGAAGUCAACAAGCCAACUUACUGUACGGGAGCCACUGAGGAAGACAUCUUUGUACCGACAUCGUUCACUCAUGCAGGUGUGCACUGAGAUUGAGACAACAGAAGUUGCGAUCAGCCCUACUGCAAAGACUCCACUUUUGGCGCCACGUCGUUUGGAGUUCACUGAUAGUCCAGAAUGGGACAGUGCUGAGUAA